AGAGACAACUUCCUACAAGAGAUCCGCGUCCUUUCUCAGUUGACCAAUCCGAACAUCGCGGCCAUCCUGGGAUGCUCCUGCCACAGCGUGGACGACAUGACCUACUUCGUUGUUAUAGAGUACACGUGUCACGGGGUCAUGAACCAAUUUCUGAGGUCGCGAUCCAUCAGCGAAUGUUCCCUCAUGAACUACGGAAGUUUGAUUUACAUGGCGACGCAAGUCUCCUCCGGUAUGAAGUACCUGGAACAGACGGGCAUCGUUCAUAGGGACCUUGCCACGAGAAAUUGUUUGGUGGGCAGGCACUUGUCUGUUAAGAUUUCUGACCUCGGCUCCUAUUCUGACCUCUAUAAGUCCGAUUAUUACGGAGGCAAAGGUCAAACGCCAAUGCCAAUCCGUUGGAUGGCUUGGGAAUCAGUGCUCCUGGGAGAAUUUACAUCAAAAAGCGACGUCUGGUCUUUCGGAGUGACCCUCUGGGAGAUAUUGACCCUGGCAAUGUCAAGGCCAUUCAAUGAACUGACCGACCAGCAAGUCAUCGAUAACCACGCUCUUCUGAUGAGAUCCAAUCACGUGACGUUGAGUCAGCCGCCAUCUUGCCCCCGCGAAAUAUACGACAUGAUGGGCAUGUGCUGGUGCAGGGACGGCCCUCUGAGGCCCUCCUUCAACGAGAUCCACAUGUUCCUCAGCCGCAAG